AGAGGAAAGAGACAGGAAGCAGUCACAGGGUCCGUCUAUAUAAAUAAAUACACAGGGAAACCUUUUGGCAUCGCAUCGUAGCUCAUAAUCCACCCCAAUUUUAACUCUCUAAGCUUAAUUCCUCUGUUUAUAGCAGUUUCUGUGAGCUUUUGAUCUGAAUCACUCAUGGGGAGGGCGCCGUGCUGUGACAAGGCCAAGGUGAAGAGAGGGCCGUGGUCGCCGGAGGAAGACCAAGUCCUACGGAACCACAUCGAGAAGAAUGGCACCGGCGGCAACUGGAUUGCUUUGCCCCGUAAAGCAGGUCUCAAUCGUUGCGGGAAGAGCUGCCGUUUGAGAUGGCUUAACUAUCUCAGGCCUGAUGUCAGGCGCGGUGGCUUCACUGGGGAAGAAGACGAUAUCAUUUGCAGUCUUUACAUUCAACUCGGGAGCAGGUGGUCGAUUAUCGCCUCUCACCUCCGUGGAAGAACAGACAACGAUGUGAAGAACUACUGGAACACCAAGCUGAAAAAGAAGCUGAUGGCAACGUACCCAGCCACUCAAACUCCUGCUGCUGCUGUCGAUUCCGAAGCUAAUUGCAUCGUCAUGGAUACCGUCUGCUCCGCGAUCGAUGCACAUGAGCGACACCAGUCGUACUCGACUACCUUCUCCAGCAGUUCGAGCUUGAUGACGGAGCAGAGAGAGGUGAGGUCCAAGAUCAGCGAGCAAGAAGGCCCUGCGGCUUCGUCGAGCACAGUCACCGUCGAAGAUAGGAGAAGCAGCAGCAGCAGGAUCGGGUACGAUAGUUGGCCGGCCGGCGAAGACGACAUACUGCUGACGGAGUUCGUUGACAUGGGCUGGAUUAGUGAGCUUCUGGGAACGCCGCGGGAGGCGGUGCCUCCAAUUUCUUGUUCGUUUUCGGCCGCUUCCGAGCCUGUCGACGACAGUCCUAGAACAAAGGCCCGAGAGAAUACAAAUAUUCGUUUUGGCCCUUGAGUUGUGGAAUUGUUUCAUUUGCCACCCAGAUCUCGGUACAAAAUGUAACGAUAGAGGAUAUAUAUUUUUUU